AUGACCGACUUGACUCCAUUCUUCUUCAAAUGCAUCACCAUAUACCAGGAAGACUUCAAAAGCCGAAAGAUCUUGCCCGACCAUGAGAAGUCCACGACAACAGCAUCGUCACCUCAAGACUCUUUCAUAAAAGAGGCAUUGGCGUUGAACCAUGCCAUGGUCUCGGUCAAAAACUUUGUUGAUGAGAUCAAAACGGCCUACUUGUUGAAUUUCUCGAGUGAAAAGGGACUGACAGCUUCGCAAAGAGACGAAAUCGAUUCGCAGAUAGGUCUGGAGUUGAACAAGAUGUCAAAGUCUUUGCAACACAUUGAGACAUACGAGGCCAAAAGAGUGGAAUUGGAGCAGAAACGAAGGGCUGUGCCGAGUGCCAAGAUGCUGACUAAAAUGCUCUUCAAUGGAGACCUGCAAACGGCCGAGGAGCUCAAGGUGGAGACGGUGAACCUGUACAGAAAUAGAAUUCUGCGGUACCUUUCUCUCAACCUCGCCAGCAUAUCAACCAGCUUCUUGGAAUUGAAAGAGAAGAGACAGAAUAGGCAAAUGGAGUACAACAAGAGCUCUUUGAACACAACCUCGAUGAGCUAUGACGAACCACAGCAGCAGCUGUCCGAGGAGAUUCCCAGUGUGGAACUGGAACAUCACGAUGAAAUCAAAGAGUCUCUGUCGGACCAGCAGAUUCAGUUAUUGCAGCAGGAGAAUACAGAAUUGAUUAUGAACCUCAAAUCCGAGGAAUUGAGCAAAGUUGCCAAGUUGGAGACAUCUGUGUAUGAUAUAACCACCCUAGUUCGCGAGAUCGGGAUUCAACUGCAAAACCAGACAGAACAGGUGAACCAACUGUUGGACCAUCAAGAUGACAUGCUUCAGGAUGUGUCUAUGGGGAACAAACAGCUUAUUAAGGCAAGGGAAAGAAACGACAAAAACGCCAGAAGGAUGUGCUGGAUCAUCGUGAUAAUGGGGAUAAUACUGUUAUCAAUUGAUUAUAUACUAUGA